AUGGGAGAUAAAAAGUCGGGAAUGUUUGAUGUGAACUGGCAAAAAGUGUGGCCGGAUCGUAUGCCUGUGAUAUUACGUGAUUUGGCACCAACGAAUCCUUUUAAUCCACGUAAUUUAUGGCCUGAAGAACAAGAAGACGAGACGCAAUCAAUAGUUCAAUUCAUUACAAAGGACAAGAAAAGCAGUGGCCUUGUUAAGGAAGACAAGAUACUUCAUACUGUGACAGCUGGUACUAAAGUGAAAAAAGCCGAUUUAAUUCGUAUGCAAUUGGCAAAAGAUAAAGCUCAAAAACAAAGUAAAGUCGAUGAAGAAAAGCUUGCAAAUGUGAAAAAGUCCAAGAAUCUAUUGAAUAUGAAGAUGAUGACUCCUACAGGUCGUUUAAAACAAUUAUAUGAGAUUUUACGUGAUUGUUGCAAGAAAAAAGAGUAUACGGAUGCAGUGGAUACACUCUGGGAGAUCCAACGGACAAAGCUCAUGCCUGAACGCUCUAUUGUGGGACCGGAUGGACGGAAAAAACAUGACAAACAAAAGAAAAUGGAUGACAUGGAAGAUACGAAGUUACUAUUGGAGCUUAAUGCUGUUCACAAGAAGUACCGGAAAUACGUCAAGAUUAUUAAUGACUAUUUAAGUGGGAAAGACUUGAUCGAGUGGCAACUUACAGAGAUGUCGGACCGAUUGCCACCUCUUAAUAUGCACCACAUGAACAAGUUUAUUCUUGAUGAUUGGCAGCGUACGGUGUUGUCCCACAUUGACCAAAAUAACUCAGUUAUUGUGUGUGCACCAACAAGUUCCGGCAAGACGGUGCUAUCGUCCUACGUGUCGGUAGUAGGAGGCAAAGUGCUAUUCAUUGUCCCUACUGAUCCACUUGCAUGGCAGGUGGCAGCGCUGUUCCAGGCAAUGGUGAAAGGCUCCGUUGCUCUCAUCACCGAGGGGACCGUAUUCCUGCCUCCCGGAUUUCGUGUUGCUGUCGGUACUCCUCGUGCUGUGGAGUCGACGCUCAUUGACAUUGGCUAUGAUUUCCAGUACGCCGUGUAUGAUGAAGUUCACGACUUGAACGGACCGGAGGGUGACGCGUUGGAACGUAUCAUUAAGGCCGUGACGUGCCCCUUCUUGGCAUUGUCUGCUACGAUCGGCAAUGCGGAGAUGCUUAAAAGCUGGUGGGAGUCGCACCUUGCGCGUGAAGUUCACCUGCUCGAGUACAAGGGCCGUUUUAUUAAUUUGCAGCGUAUUAUCUGGUACGAAGAGGAGGCCAAAGAGGAGAGUGCCAAGAAGAAACAAGAAAUGGUGUAUCUGCACCCAUGCGCCGGUGUUACUCUGGACUACCUAAUGACCAUCGGUUUUGAUGCUGGUGACCUGGCGUUCACUCCUCGCGAUGCGUUCGCUUUAUGGCAAGCAAUGGAAAAGUUCUACUCGGCUGAUUUGAUUGAAGACGUGGACCCGCACAAGUUCUUUGAACUCGAGGAUGAGAUUAAAGCUGACACUGCAGCCCCCAUCACAUUGAACAAGAAGGACAAGAAGUCGAAGAAGGAUAAGAAGUCGAAAAAAGAUAAAAAGUCGAAGAAUGAUGACGACGAUGAGGACUAUGUUGUUGACCUUGGUAACCGCACUCACCGUAUCACGUUAAUGGAGUCUAAAAAGUACGAAGACAAGAUCAAGAAGCGCUUGGAGGAUCUCGCUUCGAAGGAGCCCAAGGCAACUCAGUCACUUCUUGAUUCCUUUGCGCCUCCAGCAAGUCUGCAGGACAUUACUGUGGCGCUUCACGACCCACGGGACAUCAACCCUUCUAGUUCGGUGGACGUGUACGCCCUCGUGAACCAGCUCUGCGCCAAAAAUCUUGUUCCUGCCAUUGCGUUCCAGCUUGACUCGGUUCGAUGUCGUCAGCUUUUCAAUCAGCUCCUGGCGUCCAUAGAGGCAGCUGAGACUGCAAAGUACCCGAAUUUUCGUGAAAAGGUGCAAAUUGAGUACGCCGAGUGGGAGAAGAACCAGGCGUCCAUGAAGAAGCGUGAGGCGAAGGUGAAGGCGAAGGGCAAGGAAGAGGACGACCGCGAGUCACAGGCAUUUGAGGAGAAGCCGCCUCCGGAUAUUUAUGCCCCUCAUCCCGAUUUUGUGUUGGGCCCCGCUAGUUCCCGCCUUACUGCUACCGAGUUCAAGGAAAUUAAGUGGCAGCUGCGUCGUGAACUGUCUGAAGACUCCGAUGAUGGACACGCGCUGGUGCGUUCGCUGCGGCGCGGUAUUGCUAUCUAUAACCAAAACCUGCCCGCGGCGUACCUCCGAAUUGUGCAAGCGCUUGCCCAGGCCGGUCGUCUAGCGGUCGUAUUCUCCGAUGACUCGCUUGCCUACGGUGUGAACAUGCCGUUCCGAACGUGCUGCUUCUGUGAAGAUACGGCGGACGAUGUCUUGACGUCGCUGAUGGUACAGCAAAUGGCUGGCCGUGCUGGACGUCGAGGUCUAGAUCGACAGGGUAACAUUCUGUUCGCUGGUCUAUCGUGGUCCCGUAUUCAGUUUUUAAUGCGUGGUUUACUGCCGGAUGUCACGGGUCGUAAGUCGCUGUACCCGACGAUUGCUUUGCAAAAGUUGCUUUCGAACAAUGUCACAAGUGACAUCAUGCAGCGCAUUGUUGCGCACCCACUAGAUGAGUACAUGGUCAGGGGGGCUACGCCUUCGUCGCCAAAGAAGCAGGAGUCGUACUUGACCAAGUCUGUAGAAUGGAUGACCCAAUUCGGUGUGACCAAACCGGAGUAUAGUCUCGCGGUCGAUUUGUCCGUCGCCAAGCUGGUGUGGGAGUGCCGCGAUGAUCCGUCGGAAGGGCUGGGCAUCUUUUGGAUCUUGGAGGUUUUGCUGAAAGAGUUUCACCACAAACCCGGUGACAAUAUUUCGUUUCAGCUUGCCCUGUUUAGCAUGCUGUUGCGUGUUGUUGGCCGCGAGAAGUUUCAUCCGGAGUACGCUCAUGGAGCGGAGCUCGCCCCUCUUCCUGGACAAGAGGAGGCUUGGGAGAAAGUGUCGGCGUUGCUUCAGACAUACGAGGACAAGCUUAAUGGGCUGGGAGAGAACGCACCGGAAGAACUGCGGAUGCGGGUAGCAUUAAGCGAUCCGUUGGACGGAUACGUCUUUCGCACCGUCGUGGAAAACUUGAUUCCCCCGGGGCUUGGCACAUCGCAGCUGAACCAGAUUAAGAAACGCCUGCGUCAUGUGGGCGAUCGCCUGCGUUUGAUGCACAAUUUGCUCAUGUACAGCGGACGUUACGGUGAACUGGAAGAGAUUGUGCGAAAGUGUUUCCGCCGCAUCAAGUGGAUCCUCAUCGAUUCGGAAGUCUAA